CCUCAGCCAAUCAGUGCUCACUGGGCGACGCUCUGGUUGUGAAUGAUGUGCGGCGUUUAAGGUGUUGAUAGUUAUCCAGCUAUGUACUUCAACAUUGACUUUGAAUCACUGUGGUAAGGUGCCCAACCAUCGGUGGGGUUCUGUGUGUGUGAUCACCUGAGGUGUAGAGCGAGUCAUGCCGGGGGCCUGGCAGCUCUUCCGAGGAUUGCCCCGCACCAAGAUCUUGGCCUCAAGCCUGUUGCCAUGCCAACACCAGUCCCACUCGGGACCCGUUCCACACCAAGCUCCUCCCAGACACCCUUCCCUCAGCUGGAGGCUCCGCCCCGUGUCUCGGAGCUACCGAGCCACCCCCAACCUCCACAGCUACACCCUCACCCCGCCACAGGUCAACUCCAUCCUGAAAGCCAACGAGUACAGCUUUAAGGUGCCGGAGUUUGAUGGGAAGAACGUGUCGUCGGUGAUGGGCUUUGACAGCAACCAGCUCCCGGCCAACGCUCCCAUAGAGGACCGCCGCAGCGUGGCCACCUGCCUGCAGACACGGGGCAUGCUCAUGGCGGUCUUCGACGGCCACGCCGGCUGUGCCUGCGCCCAGGCAUUGAGCGAGCGCUUGUUCUACUACAUCGCCGUGUCCCUGCUGCCCCACGAGACCCUGUGUGAGCUGGAAGAGGCGGUGGAGGCGGGCCGGGCCCUCAGCCCCAUCCUGCAGUGGCACAAGCACCCCAACGACUACUUCAGCCGGGAGGCCCAGAGCCUCUACUUCAACAGCCUCCGGACCUACUGGCAGGAGCUCAUAGACCUGAGCAGCCCCGGGGAGGUUCCAGAGACGGGGGAGGCGCUGCUGAACGCCUUCAAGAGGCUGGACAACGACCUCUCUCUGGAGGCCCAGGUGGGAGACCCCAAUGCAUACUUGCACUACUGGGUGUUGAGGGUUGCCUUUUCCGGAGCCACGGCCUGUGUGGCGCACAUCGAUGGAUCAGACCUGUUCAUAGCCAACUCGGGCGACGGGCGAGCGGUGCUGGGGGUGCAGGAGGAGGACGGCUCCUUCACGGCUCACACGCUGUCCAACGACCACAAUGCCCAGAAUGAGGACGAGCUGGCCCGGAUACGAGGGGAGCACCCUCCGUCAGAGAAGAAGACCGUCGUACGACAGGACCGCCUGCUCGGGCUGCUGAUGCCGUUCCGUGCGUUCGGGGACGUGAAGUUCAAGUGGAGCAUCGAGCUGCAGAAGAGGGUGCUGGAGUCGGGCCCCGACCAGCUCCACGAGAACGAGCACACCAAGUUCAUCCCUCCCAACUACCACACGCCCCCAUACCUGACCGCCGAGCCCGAGAUCACGCACCACAGGCUGCGGCCGCAGGACCGCUUCCUGGUGAUCGGCUCGGACGGCCUGUGGGAGACGCUGCACCGGCAGGAGGUGGUGCGCGUGGUGGGUGAGUACCUGACCGGGUCGCAGCGGCAGCAGCCGCUGACGGUGGGCGGCUACAAGGUGACGCUGGGCCAGAUGCAGGGGCUGCUUGAGGAGCGGAAGGCCCGCACCUCCUCGGCCUUCGAGGACCAGAACGCGGCCACCCACCUGAUGCGCCACGCGGUGGGCAACAACGAGUUCGGCACGGUGGACCACGAGCGGCUGUCCAAGAUGCUGUCGCUGCCCGAGGAGCUGGCGCGUAUGUACCGCGACGACAUCACCAUCAUCGUGUCCCAGUUCAACCCGCACGUGAUAGGAAGUCAGAGGCGGGAGAACCAGUCCUGAGGCAGGAAGAAGGACCUCACACACGAUGAACUGUACAGUAUGUGUCUGUAAGAACGCACACGGACGGACUCUCCUUCUGGUUUUAAGAGCUGUUUUAGGAAUAUGUCGAUUGGUUAAAGGAGUUGAUAUGCAGUCCGGAAUAACUUUUUAACUGUUUAACUCGAACUACGGGCACCAGUGCAGUUUAGAGUCUAAACGAGGUGCUCUUCCACACAAAAUAUACACACAGUAGUUCAGUGUGUGUUUUUUUUUUUUUCUGCAAACCAAAAAUUUGGUUUCUUUAAUUCUUGGACUGGUUAUGAAGAAUAUCCAUCCCCGCCAAAAUAAAUAUCAAAGAGUUGUCUGAUAGAAAAA